CAAUAUCUUUAACCUCACUCCAACCUCUGGAGGUCGCAACUCAUUCUGUGCGAAAAGCUGGCCGGUGCUAGAAUCACAAGAUGUCUCAUUCUGCAGCAAUUCUCCGAAAAUUCUCAAGCAGUUUUCUGAAAGUCAAUCAGAAUCUGCUACCAGCUUCUCUUGUUGGAUGCCGACAAAGUAGCACUAACCUGAAAGAUGUCUUGGAGAAAAUUAUUCCUGAGAAGCAGAAAGAAGUUCAAGAAUUUCGAAAACAGCAUGGAAGCACAAAAGUUGGAGAAGUUACAGUGGACAUGAUGUAUGGAGGUAUGAGAGGAAUCAAGGGUUUGGUUACUGAGACAUCUGUGUUGGAUGCUGAUGAAGGUAUUCGCUUCCGGGGUUACAGCCUCCCAGAAUGCCAAAAGCUGCUGCCCAAAGCAAAAGGUGGAGCGGAGCCUCUACCAGAGGGACUGUUCUGGCUCCUGGUGACAGGUGAAAUUCCAACGGAAGAGCAGGUUGCUUCGAUCACAAAGGAGUGGAAUGAUAGAGCAGAGAUCCCAAAUCAUGUGAUCACAAUGCUGAACAACUUCCCAAGCAAACUUCACCCCAUGUCUCAGUUCUGUUCUGCUAUAAUUGCCAUGAACUCAGAGAGCAAGUUCGCCAAAGCUUAUUCAGAGGGUAUGCACAAGUCCAAGUUUUGGGAGCUGUGCUAUGAAGAUUCGAUGGAUCUCAUUGCAAAACUCCCUACAGUAGCUUCCAUCAUCUACCGUAAUUUGUAUCGUGAGGGAAACCCACCAGACUCCAUUGACUCAAACAAAGAUUGGAGUUGGAACUACGCCUCUAUGCUGGGUUAUGAGCAGGAAGGGUUUAUUGAGGCCACAAGAUUGUACCUCACCCUCCACACAGACCACGAGGGUGGAAAUGUCAGCGCUCAUGCAACCCACUUAGUGGGAAGUGCUCUUGCUGACCCGUACUUGUCUUUUGCUGCUGGUAUGACUGGACUUUCAGGACCUCUUCACGGUCUGGCCAAUCAGGAAGCCCUAGUCUGGUUAACGAAGGUGCAGAAACAGUUGGGAGGUGAGGUGUCAGAUGAUGAGCUCAGACAGUUUAUCUGGAACACCCUGAAAUCAGGACAGGUUGUGCCAGGCUAUGGUCAUGCUGUACUGAGGAAAACAGACCCCAGGUACAUGUGCCAGCGAGAGUUUUGUCUCAAGCAUAUGCCUGAAGAUCCUCUGUUCAAAUUGGUCGCUCAGAUCUACAAAGUUACCCCAGAUAUUCUCAUUGAGCAAGGCAAAGCUAAGAACCCGUGGCCCAACGUUGAUGCCCACAGUGGUGUUCUCCUGCGGCACUAUGGAAUGACAGAGAUGGGCUACUACACUGUCAUGUUUGGCGUGUCCCGAGCCAUUGGUGUGCUGUCAUCCUUGAUCUGGGACAGAGCUCUGGGUCUUCCCAUUGAGAGACCAAAAUCCUUCGACACUCCUGCUCUGAAGAAAAUGGUUGGGGCCAAAUAGAUUCUCAGGGGUUCCAGCCCCCUCUAGAUUUUUAUUUUAAUUCCACUCUACCAUAUUAGUGACAAUAUUUUCCCUGUGGUGUAGUAUUGUUUUCUUCUGUGCUGAGAGAGUGGUAUGAAGUAGAGAAAAUUAGAAUGAAUUGGGGGGGGGUUUCUCUCACCUAGAUGAUUUUUAAAAAGGUAAGAUUUCAAACCCAAAAGAGACUUGCAGAAUGUUGAUACCUCAGGCUCAGAGAGUUAUCUGGCAUGUGUAUAAUUUGUCUUAUUGAUCACAGUACUUGAUUUUUUAAAAUAAUUUUGUUUUUUGGUUGUUGUUGUGAAAUAUUAUUGGGAUUUGAGAAUAGAGGUCUAGUACUAGUAUAGUGCUGUGCUAUGUCAGUAUAGAUGAUGAUAGUGUAUUGAUGAUGAUCAUGCUGUGUGAUUGACACCUGCUACUUCAGAGAUUGCUACUGGAAUAUCUGACAAGUACAAUGUGUACAUUAAAUAUCAAAAUCAUACUCCCACACCCCUGAACAAAACUUGGAUUUUUUUUCCCCCCGACACCAUAUUAUUGUACAUGGGCCAACACUAAUUAAUUGGUAUAUCGGCUUUCUUUUGUGAGUCUGCUUCACCUUGAAUUUCUGUGGGGGGGUUUUAUUUUGAAGGGUUUUUCUUGUGUUUUAGUGGUGACUUUUCCUGAGGUGAGAAUUACCAGAUUUUGCUCUCAGAACCUGACAAUAUGAAAAGGUAGCCCUCUACCUGUGUAUAAACAAGUAGCGGUUAUGGAUUCUCAUUCUGUGAUUGACCAAGCGGUAUUGAGUUGUGAUAUAUUCAUUUGAUGAAACAUUGCAGUUUGGACAAUGUCCCAGUUGCUGGUUUCGUUCGUUUGUCUCAGUCAUGAGCCAUUGCCAUGGGUUUAAAAGGUAGUGUUGAAAAAUUCCACUGGUUCUGAAGGGAAUAUUUUCUGCAUUGUGUUGUUUGAGGUGGUGAAAAUGAACAAUUAGCUCCUUGGUAUCACUGAGAAUCUUAUUAUUUUUAGCAAUGUCUCCAAUUGCACAAUUACGUUCAUUGUGGCCUUUAGGGGCACAUUUUCAUUCAUACUUGUUGAAAUGUUACUUUGAUGCUAGGGUUGCCCAGAUUCCCACAGCACAUUGUGUAAGUACAAGUCAGCUUUCUGCGUUGACAUCUAGAUGAGAUGAAACACUUGUUAAAUAUUAGUUAGGGGCACUGAUUUGAUAAACUCAAAGGAAGUGUAUGUAUGUCAUCAAGGGGUACAAGCCCAUCUUUGUUAAUCACUUUUGUUUUGUCUGUCAAUCAAUACUUUUGUGACUUACAUUUUAGCAACACAAAAUAACUGUAACAGUUUGUUGUUGUUUUUUUUUCAUUUUAUUGAUUCUUAUAGUUAUAAAUUAUAAAGACAUCAGUUUAUUAUCAUGUUAAGCUCACUCUGUGGUUCAGGAUUCUGAAUGGAAGUAAACACAUUUCUGAAUAUGAAGUUUGUUAAAGGAGGAGUAUAAUUGUGUAGUGCGUUGACAUUGCUGGAAUGUUUUCAGGAUUAAAUUAUGCGGACUUUCAAAA